CACAAAUUGCACAAUUUUCAUUUCCUCGGUCAUAUCGACCAAAUCUACUCCUCAAAUACCACGCGCUGUCCUCCCACCACGCGCCGCUGCAGUCCACCACUGAGACAAUAAAAAGGAGCAGGCGAGGAGGAAAAAAAAAAUUAAAAAAGGCGCUGAUUUCUGGUACACAGAAUACGGCCUCCAAUCUUUCUUCUUCUUCUUCUUCUUCUUCUUCUUCUUCUGUUCUCGCCCUCUCUCGGUCUCUCCGCCAAAAAGCCGAAAACUAAACAGAAGAAAAAGAUGUCGAUGAAGCUUUCUGCCUGCAAUGUAACGGACAGAAUCCACGCCCUUCUUCCCCAAUGCAGAUUCCUCGCCCCAUGCUCCCGCCCUUUCCCUCCCCUUCGCAACCUCGUUCUCUCCUCCUCCGCCGCCACCGUCUGCAAAGCGUCGGUGCAGUCGGUUGACGGCGGGGUGGCGUCAAAAAUUGAAUCUGGGUCGGCGACGGCGAGGGGGAGCUUCGCCGAUACGCUGAGACUGGGGAGCUUGACAGAGGAUGGAUUGUCGUAUAAGGAGAAGUUCAUAGUGAGGUGCUAUGAAGUAGGGAUUAACAAGACAGCCACUGUUGAGACCAUUGCUAAUCUCUUACAGUCAUAACAAUCAACAGCAAAAGCAUUAUUCCAAUAAGCUAGAGUUCCUUAUCUUCCGAGCUGGUUCAUGACUGUCGGCUUAUAUAGGUGGCAUGAAAACAUUGGGGAAUAUGUAGACCAAAGUAUAUCCUCUUGCAUGUAACGAAAUGCUCGAUGGUCUGGAGGUCGGGGGCAACCAUGCUCAGAGUGUUGGAUUUUCAACGGACGGGUUUGCAACAACUCCCACCAUGAGGAAAUUGCAUCUCAUUUGGGUGACUGCGCGCAUGCACAUUGAAAUCUACAGAUACCCAGCUUGGAGUGAUGUAGUUGAGAUCGAGACGUGGUGCCAAAGUGAGGGUAGGAUUGGUACCCGGCGUGACUGGAUCAUAAAGGACUAUGCUACUGGUGAAGUUAUUGGAAGAGCUACGAGCAAGUGGGUGAUGAUGAACCAAGAUACUAGGCGGCUUCAGAAAGUCAAUGAUGAAGUUCGUGAGGAGUACCUAGUCUUCUGUCCACGAGAACCAAGAUUAUCAUUCCCAGAGGAAAACAACCGCAGCUUGAAGAAGAUUUUAAAACUCGAAGAUCCUGCUCAACAUUCUAGACUGGGACUAAUGCCAAGAAGAGCUGAUCUGGACAUGAAUCAACACGUCAACAAUGUGGCGUAUAUUGGAUGGGUUCUUGAGAGCAUGCCUCAAGAAGUGAUCGACACACAUGAACUGCAAACAAUCACCCUGGAUUACAGAAGAGAAUGCCAGCAAGACGAUGUAGUCGAUUCACUCACUAGCGUGGAACCGGUUGACGGCAAGACAAAUGGGUCGGCCUUGUCACCUGCUGAGGGAUCCCUCAACUUCCUUCACCUGCUUAGACUGGCAGGUGAGCAAGGGCUCGAGAUAAACCGAGGACGCACGGAAUGGAGAAAGAAACUAGGGAGAUGAAAGAGCCAUCACCUUAGCAGUACAUUUAUGUAACUUCCAGAUACCUUUCUUCAUUACAGUUUAGGAGCUGGUUUGUUUGCCUUUUCCCUUGUGUGCGCUUUUUGCUUGGUGAGUGGGCUAGUUACUUAUUUGUAGUUGGAGGUGCUUCGUUAUGACAAUAUAGAGGAGAGACGAAAGAGUCGCUUAUCCAUAGACAUUCGAGCUAGCUGAUUGUCACAACGCAACUCCAGAUGAACAAAGUGGUGUACCCACAUAUAUGGCUACUUGAUGCACUCAACUUUAAAAGUGAUCAUAAUAUAUGGAAUGUUAUAACUUUAA